AUGGCGCGCCGUCGUCAAGCGGUGCUGCUGCUGUUACUGCUGGUGAAGAUAACGCUACUGCUGCCUGCCAGCCCCCUCGCUUGGGGAGUGCUGUCCAGCCCCGACGCAUUGCCCACGAGCACAGCGAGCAGUCUGGGCUUCCUUCUGCCUUGCAACAAGUCCGAGUCGCAGGAGAACCUGACCGACGACCGGCCCGAGGUGGCCAUCGCUUUCCUCGGCACCUUCAACAAUAGCCGCAUGCUUGGAAAGAUGGUCUCCGGUGCGGUUCCCCUGGCCGUAUCGCACAUCAAUCGGGACGAUAGCCUACUUCCGGGCUAUCGCGUGACCUUCCGGCCGGAGAACGUGGGCCAAGUGGGGACAUCGUCUGCCAUUCGUAAGAUGACGGCCCUGUGGCAGAGCGGCGUCGUUGCCUUCAUAGGACCCGACGAGAACUGCUAUGCUGAGGCACUGGUCGCUGACGCCUGGAACCUGCCCAUGAUCACAUACCGCUGCUCUGAUCUGCGAGUGUCCGGCCGAUCCUUCGGGACGUUCGCCCGAACUCUGCCGCCGCUGUCCAAGGUCUCUAAGUCGGUCAUCUCUCUGCUACGUCACUAUCGCUGGGAUCAGGCUAUGCAGCGCAGCGCCGCGGCACCCCGUGGCAAGAAGCGCAUGUGA